AUGGGUGACCUUUCUAUUCCCGAAUUUUCCACUUCUCUCGUCCUCCAUGCUUUCAACGAGCCUCUUAGUCUUGACAAGACUCCAAUCCCAAACCCCACGCCCACGGGAUCGGUGAUCGUUCGCGUGUACAGCACACCUGUCCGUCCUCACCAAAGACAAGGCUUCGCAGGAAACACUCCCCUAUCCUUCACACCACCAUACAACCCCGGUGAUGGCGGUGUCGGUCGUGUAAUUUCAGUUGGGCCUGAUUCGGUUGCUCUUCAGCCAGGCCAGCUCGUGUAUCUGAACAACUUCAUUACAGCAAGAGAUGAUCCCAACACUAGGGUCUUACUCGGUAUCCAUGAUGGCGGUCAACAGCCCGACAUCAAGUUAUUCAACCUCUGGCAAGGCUUUUGGCGAGACAUCGCUGUCGUUCCUAUGGAGAACGUCGUUCCUCUCAAUGAGGAGAUUUUGGUCAAGGAGAUGGGUUAUUCCUACGGUGACUUGAGCUAUAUGCAGCGACUCUCGGUAGCUUACGGAGGUGUCAUUUCAGCCAACCUUCAAGCUGGCCAAACUGUCAUCGUCGCUCCAGCCACAGGACACUUUUCGGGGGCGGUCGUUGAGAUAGCCGCUCAGAUUGGCUGCCGAGUGCUAGCGAUUUCCCGCUCGGCAUCCAAGCUCAAACCUCUGACAGACCGAUACCCCCGCGUUACGGCGGUUGAGCUUAGUGGGGACGAAGAGAAGGACAUCAAAACUAUUCGAGACCAUGCCCCCGAAGGCAUCGAUGCCUAUAUCGAUAUUUCUCCACCCUCCGCUACCGGAUCAGCUCAUCACUUCGACGUGUCCCUUGCAUCUGUUAGCCCCCACGGGCGCGUGGUAUUCCUAGGCAUGAUGUUUGAAGUCAAGGUCAACUAUGCUAGUCUCAUGGCUCGUAACAUCACGAUCAACGCCCGGUUCAUGUAUACACGACAGGAACUGGCUUCUUUGGUCAAGAUGGUCGAGGCUGGAGUUCUCAAGCUGGGUAAAGAUGCUGGCCAUGAGGUUGUGGAUGGGGGAUUUUCUAUGGAGGAUUGGGAGAAGGCGGCUAUUGCGGCGGAGACUGCUGUCAACUGGGGUCAACAGGUCUUGAUAUUUCCUUCAUCGGACUGA